UUCCCCGUAUCUUUGUGUGAACUAACAAGGGGCUUGUAUGAGACAUUUACUCAAGUUAAAUUCUUGUCCUGGGCUCAGGCCCCUUUUAUCUGACCGUUGCCUUGGUAGCAGUUCUUCCUCCUGUCCCUCGAGGCCAUUCCCACUGUCCUCUACACUCCCCCAGCAGCUUCAUCUAGAUGUUGAACAUGGGAAAGAGGACUGAGCCUUGUGGAACCCCACACAGGAAUAACCAUACAUGCAACCACUUUUCACACACACACACACACACACACACACACACACACACACACACUGAUUAGAACUGCCCACUUAGGAAGGAGAAGAACCGCUGUAAAUCACUGCUCCUAAGCCCAGAUCCUUCUAGACAGUCCAGAAUGGUCUGGUGGUCUAACACAGUGUUUCUCAACCGUGGCAGCUUGAAGACGUGUGGACUUCAACUCCUAGAAUUCAAGGAGCAAGCUGGGUGGGGAAUUCUGGGAGUUGAAGUUCACACAUCUUCAAGUUGCCAUCGUUGAGAAACUGGUCUAACAAGACCAUCUAGGUCCCAACAAAGAUCAUUUACCAGCGUGCCAUUUCUGUCUCAUGCCAAGUCUGAAUCCAUAUUGCAGGAAGUCAAGAAAGUCCAUUUCCUCUAGGGUCCUGUACAACUGGACUCCAUUACCUUCCCAACCUUCUCUAGUUUUCCUGAAUCCAGCCAUCCAGCUUCAUGAACAGGCCAACUGGGUCAUGGAUCAGACUUACCUGUGGCAGGACUUAGGCUGCCACAGUCCCACUCCACAUCCUUCUGCACAAGCUCCAGAGAAUCCCUUGCCAGAAUCGUUUGCCAAGAUUCUUUCCAAGAGGAGUCCAGCUGAGAAGAAGACAAGUAAUUUUAUCUGCGAAGAGCUGGCAAAUAUAUCACAGCAGCCUCCCCAAACAGAGGCUGAACAGAAUCACUGGAUGCUACUCUGCAGAUGCAGGAAGGGCAGAGAAGUAAAAUUUUGCCACUUUAUGGUGAACUCCCAAGGGUGAAUAGGCACUCAUGAGCUGUCCAAUUUACUCUGUUUUUGUCCACCCUCCCUCUAGGCAUCUUUUCAAUUGCUGCAUCUGCUGCAGCUCCUCAGUAAACCAAGGAGUUUGCUGGGAUCUGCAAGGAGGGGCCACUUGGGGGGCAAUCUUACCUACUGCCAUUGCCAUCUCCGUAUUCCAGAGGUCGGUGAGGUAUAUAGAGCUGCCUGCCAGACUGCUGGGAAAGUCCUGUGCCCAGAGGGCCAGUAGGCACUGGGAUGGGCACCUUAACUGGGCCACCACACCUGCAGAGCUCAGAGCAGCUCACAUCAAUAAGAGAGAGGCCCUCUGCCACCAGACCUGCAAGCGAAAGUCUAAAAGGAAGAACAAUUCUUCAAGGCCAGGAUACAGUGUCAACGUUGGCAUCAUGGCCUCAAACUCAGGAAUUGUUGUGGACGAUGGUGAGAGCAGCAAGAAUUGUACCCUGGAGAGAUGCCUGAAUGUAUUUCGAGAUGCAAGCAAUGAUAGCGAACAGUUUGCAGCUCUGCUUCUGGUGACCAAAGCAAUAAAAGCAGGGGAAAUCAAUUCCAAGGCCCGUCGGAGGAUUUUUGAUGCCGUUGGCUUCACUUUCCCAAACCGGCUUCUGACUUCCAAGGAGCCCCCUGAGGGCUGCCCCCAGCACACGUUCCAAGCCCUGGGUCUCACUUUGCUGGCCUGUUUCUGCACCGAUCCAGAUUUAGCCCGGCACCCACAGAUCCUCAACAAAAUUCCUGUUUUCGGUGACGUGAUUUCAGCCAGCAAGACCAGAGAUGCUUCUUACAGUGCCAUGAUUGAUGAUGCCUACCAAUGCCUCAGAGCUAUCUUGGCUACCCCCAAGGGUCCCAGGGAGUUGAUCAACAGGGGUGCGCUCUCUGCCCUCUGUCUGGCCUACGUGAACCACAGCUAUGGCUACGAUCAGGCCCUUCAGCUGCUGGUGGGGCUUCUGACAUCAGCGGAAUCGAAGUGUUGGCAGAGGGCUACUACCGACCUCAUGAGCGUGCUUAACGUCCUCAGUGCGGAGUUCCAGAAGGCUGAAGACAUGGCCAAAUUCCAGCUGUGUGAAGUGCUGGCCCGCUUUGUGCCUCCCCUUCUCCCCCCUGGCUCUGAAUGUCUCCUGCCCCUCUACCGAGGCCUGUCCAGCAUCUUAACAAGCAAGCUGAGCGCUUCCCAGCUAGACCCUGCCUUGAAGUUGGCCGCCUGCCUCUCCCAAGCCUGCAGUUCAGCAUGGAUCCCAGCUGGCAGUGCCAGCGGCAAAUUUUUUGCCCUCUUGAUCAACUUGGCCUGUGUGGAAGUCCGCCUGACCUUGGAGGAGCUGGACCUGACAGAAGUGGAUAAGAAACGGGAACUGAUGGCUGCCUGCUACGUCCUGAUGGAGCUUGCAAUAGUGGAAUGUACUCGAGAGAAAGGCUCUCUCCUUCAAGAGACGCAGAAAGUGCAGCUUGUGGGGAUCCUGGAAGAGGCUCUGGGGGCUGUCAUACAUUACCUGAGACAGGUUGGGCAGAAGAAGCUGGAGGAUCCUUUCAUCUUCGCCUCUGUUCGAAUCCUGGGGGCCUGGCUGGCUGAGGAGACCUCUUUCCUCAAGCAGGAGAUCUGCGACCUCCUCCCCUUCCUCAUGUAUUACGCCAAGGUCCAGUUCGAAGAGGAGAGGAGAAGCAGGCGAAGUGCUUCGCAAUCUGAAAAGGAGCAGGCUGGACAAGGCACCAUCCCAGAGCCCCUUUGGCGGGGAGAUGCUCUGAGGUUCCUGUUACCUGGUUUAAGCCAUUUGACCGCAGAAGAUCGCCCCCGUGAGAUCCUAAUUUCUGAGGGGGCGCCUGUUCUCUUGUGCCAGUAUUUCCUGAACCGCUGGGAAACCUUUGUUUCAAACACCGAAUCCCUGUCUGCUUCAAAAGCUAUUGAAGCCAGUCUUCAAACAUCCUGUGAAAUUUUCCUGAAUUUCGUUGUCACUGCUCCGGAUUUAAUCAGCCGAGAAGAUUGUUUUUCAGCCUUGAUGGACACGGUGCUGAAAUCUCUUCCUUCUUUGCUGCCACAGAGGGAACAUCUCAGCUUGAGCGCCAACCUGGCAACACUGGGGCUAAUGAUGGCCCGGAAACUGUUCGCUUAUCCAGGUCUCCAGGGGACUCCCGAGGCGGAGAGUUUCUUCGGUGCCGCCAUCCGUUUCCUUGCCGAAGCCUACGUGGCCCAAGCCAACGCCGAAGGGGGGAUUGUGACCCUGGGCGUUUCCCCGGCCUACAAGGCUGCCUGGCCAGCCAUCCGCGAGUUGUGGUUUUUGGGCAUGCAGGCCUUCGCUAGCUGCGUGCCCCUCUUCCUGUGGCUCCCCCAGGAUGUCCUGCGUUCCGGCUGGCUCCAGGACCUCCUGGCCUUGCUGGGCCGCGUGGUGCCAUCUUCGGUGGACAUGGAAGUGGUGAGAGCUUUCCAGGGCAUCUUGGUGGAGCUGGCCAGAGCCAGCCAGCCAUGCUUGGAGAGGAUCCAGCAACACCGGGGUUUGGAGCUGGCCAGUCUGUAUGGCAUGGCUGCUCUAGAACAGUGUCUCUCCGAGCAGUGAGCGUGCUCGGGAACAGGUGGUGGGAGAAGGAUGCGUUCUCCUGAAAGUCGCGGCUUCCCUCUGCGUCGUGCAGGGGGCGGCUCUGUCGUAGGGGAGAUAGUGUAUGUCCGGCCUCUCUUCUUCCCAGGUAGCUUGCACAAAGUUAUACAACAUGAUAGGGGUUGGUUUAUUCCUUUGUCAUUCUUUAUAUUUAUUUAUUUAUUUAUUUAUUUGGGAGGUUUUUCUGCCAUCUUUCAGGGUGGCAAAAGACACCCCAGGCAGCUCGCAGAAAUAAUGAACACACACACACAGAAUGGCAAGCUUUUGAAAAUUUAAAGAGCAGUAUAAAGCGACUCAAAUCCAUAAUAGGGAUGGUGGUGGUGGUGGUGAUGAUGAUGAUGAUGAUGAU